UGAUCUUGGUUGUCAUAAUGCCGAUGAUGAAAGAAACGGCCCUACUGCAGCUAAUUCUAAAAUUGAAGUAACGACUCAAAGCAAAAUCAACAUGACCGCACAUGCUCCACUAGCCUCCGUACCUCAACCUCAAAAGGAGGGUCUCUUGUUCCUCUUCAGCGAUGAUAGGAAAGCAAGCGGAGCUGGUACCAAGAGCAUAAAGCCAAUAACUCACGUCGAAUCAUCAGACAAACAAGCUUCUGCAUUCGCAUCUCUUGCCUCUUCGAGUUCUCAAAACAAAAGCACAUCUGGCGGGAAGAACAAGAGCUUAUACCAGUCGGCUAGGAAAUCUUCAACUUCAUCGCAUAAG